AUGCGCUCACCCACAUCUCGACUGUCUCUUCCUCUCCUGGUGCUCUCUCUGAGCCCAUAUGCGUCUCUCAUCCGAUAUGUCGCGGCAACUUCGCCGCCAUUCAUAACUGACCCCGCCAGUCUUGUCAACUUGUUCAUUGGAACCACGAACGGUGGACACGUCUUCCCCGGUGCAACGCUCCCGCAUGGAAUGGCCAAACCAGGGAUGGACACUGAUUCUCCAGGCAAUCAAGCUGGAUACGACGCGAAUCCCAUCUACAAUGCCACCGGAUUCUCCCAGCUACAUGACCAGGGAACUGGAGGGGGCGUCUCAUUGUCGAACUUUAAACUGUGGCCAUUCGCCUCUUGCCCAGACGGCGAUACUUUCAACGCUUGCCCCACUUCCGUAGACUCCAGAAAGGUGCUCCGGAAUAUUCUCCCAGAUGGUUCGCCGGAUGACGCAGCCGAACCAGGAUAUUUCGCGUCAAACUUGUCUACAGGAAUACGCGUUGAACUGACCGCGACGCGUCGCACCGCCCUGCACCGGCAAGUAUCACGUCGCACGCCUUGGUACACCUUUCCUCCUGACACAGCGAAUCCACGUAUUCUGCUUGAUGUUACGGACGACGGACAAUACAGUAGCACUAGGCCCGCGAUGACCCUUGACCCGAACACUUCUCGCGUGAUUGGGAGCGCGGACUUUCAAGCGUCAUUUGGUCCCGGGCGAUACAGGGUGUAUACGUGCGUCGACUUUGCCGGAGAUGGCUACGAGCUUGUCCGUAAUCCCUUUUACCCUCUUCUAUCUCUCACCGCGCUGGAAUUCAGGGUCCUCCCGUGGAAUACGGAACCUGGCUGCAAGACGCACCCAUAA